AAGAACCUUUUAUUCUGGAAUCAAAGUGUCCUAGAUUAGAGACUCCCAAGACUCGAGCUUUCUCAAGAAAACACAUACCCAUUCGAAACUCGAGAUGCUGAAAAUGAUGGGGAAAGCGUGUUCUCCUUCUUCCAAUUCUUAUUGCGGCAGAGGUAUGCCAUUUCUUCACUCUACUCCUCUUGUUGUUGCUGCUGCUGCUCUAUUUCAUUCUCAAUCAAAGCCAACCAAAUCUAUAGAAUCCCACCCUCACCCACCCUCAACCAAUUUCAUGGCUUUGUUUCAUUCUCAAUCCUCCUCAUACCCAAUUACAUCGAGACAAACCCAUCUAGGGAAUCGACCCAAUAUUGUGAGUAAUGUUGAGGAUGCCUUGAAGGUGUUCCAUGAAAUGCUUCACUCCCGUCCUCUGCCUUCUUCUGUUAUCCCUUUCAAUCAAAUCUUGACUCAACUUGUCAAAUUGAAACACUAUUCUGCAGUAAUCUGUUUGAAUAGACAGAUGCUGCAGUGUCGAAUUGCUCCUAAUCACUACACUCUAAACAUUCUCAUUAAUUGCUAUUGUCAUUUGAAUCAAAUGGGGUUUAGCUUAUCUGUCUUGGGUAAAUUCUUCAAAUUGGGUCUUCAACCAACAGCCGCAACCUUCAACACUCUCAUCCACGGCUUCGUUCUCGACAAUCAAGUGGCUGAGGCUGCACGAAUUUUCACCAAAAUGCUGGACGGAGGUCAUUGUAAGCCGGAUGUGUUUACUUUCAGCACACUAAUAAAGGGCUUUUGCAAGAUGGGAAACAACAGUGCGGCUAUUCAAUUACUGAGGAAGAUGGAAGAAAGAGGAUGCGAGCCUAACAUAGUUUCCUAUAACACCAUCAUUGGCAGCCUUUUCAAGGAUAGGCAAAUUGAUGAAGCAUUCAACCUCUUCUCAGAAAUGAUUAGUAGAGGUAUGGCUCCAACCGUUGUUACCUACAACUCUUUGAUUCAAGGAGUUUGCAAUACAGGCCAGUGGAAACAAGCUACGACGUUGUUGAAUGAAAUGGUGAGUAAAGGUAUCUUUCCAAAUGUACACACCUUCAAUAUCUUGGUUGAUGCUCUUUGUAAGGAGGGGAUGGUCGUGGAAGCCAAAAGUGUGGUUGACAUGAUGAUUCAAAGACAUAUUGAGCCUGAUGCGAUUACAUACAACUCACUUAUGGACGGUUACUGUUUGCGGGGAGAAAUGGACGAGGCAAGAGAAGUUUUUGAUCUUAUGAUAAGCAAGGCCUCCAUGGUUAAUGUUCAGAGUUAUAACAUAUUAAUUAAUGGAUAUUGCAAGGGUAAAAAUGUUGAUAAGGCUUACAAGAUUUUCAAGGAAAUUCGUCGUACGGAACUACUUCCCAAUACCGUUACUUAUAACACUCUUAUUGAUGGUUUUUGCAAAACGGGGAGAAUGCAAGAAGCAGAAAAGCUGUUCUCUCAGAUGCAAGGUUGUGGCCUGCUUCCAGAUGUUGAAACUUAUGCUGUGAUACUUGAUGGCCUAUCUAACAACCAGCAACUUUCUACAGCAGUAGAAUUUCUCAGAGAGCUGGAAGCUAGAAAACUGGUACUCAAUAUUGUAAUUUACAAUAUUAUUGUUGAAGGUUUGUGCAAAGCUGGAGAAAUUCAGUCUGCAAAAGAUCUCUUCUGUGGUGUAUCAUCAAAAGGACUUCAGCCUAAUGUGCGGACAUACAAUAUAAUGAUUCAUGGACUUUGUUGUCAUGGCUUAAUAAUUGAAGCAGAAAAGUUGCUGACAGAAAUGGGAGGGAAAGGAUGUUCUCCAAAUGGUUGCACCUAUAACACCAUUAUCCGAGGUUUUAUCAAUAACAAGGAGAGAUCAAGGGCCACGAGACUUAUUCAAGAAAUGCUUGAGAGGGGGGGUUUCUCUGCAGAUGCAUCAACUAUGGAAUUGAUUGUUGAUUUAUUGUCGAAGGAUACAGUAGAUCCUGGUUUAUUAGCAUUGCUUAAAGAUUCAGUCUGAAGUUAGGCUUUAAUAUCUGUGAGACUAGUUAACCCAAAACCCUGGUCUUUAGGGUCUGAUGGGUCGGUCCACUUUCUCCUUGGACGAUAUUGUAAUAAAGUCUCCAAAUGAUAAGAAACUGUACAGAUUAAUCAAGCUUGAGAAUGGCCUCACUGCAUUGCUCAUUCAGGACCCUGAGAUAUAUCCACAAGGGUAUAAGUGGGAAUAAGAGUCUUGAAUCCAGUGAAGAAGAUUAAGCAGCAGCUAAAGGUGGAGAUGGUGCCUCUGAGACUA